AUGCUGCUUUCCACUUCGACAUCCCGUUGGUCCGCUUUGACGACCUUGGUCAUGCUCGCUUCUUGCGUAACCUCAUUGGGUGAGUGCUUCGUGGCGCCUUUCACGAUUUCGGAACUCAGCGAAGGACGUGACGGCGGUUGCAGCCGGAGUCCGUUGAAGCAACGCGCGUAAACCGCCUUGCGACGCGCGCCGCGCGCUCGCCACUAUACCCUCAUCUUCGCCCCUUGGUUCGAGUGAGAAGGUGUUCGGACUGGCGAUGGCCUACCACCAUGCCUCAUGCGGACGUUCAGUGGCAGAUUAUUUUUUUUUUCCUCUUUUACUGACCUCCGCUCUGCCCAUGGCCCAUCACCUCCAACCCUACCUACCCUCCAGACGCGAACCCCUCUCCUCAAAGCACGACGCCGGCCCUACUCGCGAUGAACCUGUCCAAAUCGCCAAAAGUGAUUCGCGUCGUCCACGAAAGCCAAGAUGCGACCGCUUCGAUCCUCUCGCGCAAACUCGACGUCGUGACCCCCAAGAAACGUCAAGACGAUCAACUCCCCAUCAGGCGUCGUACGACCGCCUCUGCUUCGGCCAAGAAGAGCGAUGCGCGGAAGAAGAGGUCCUUGCCUCAACGGGAAGCGAUGAAGGGUCGGGAGAACAGGAAGAACAGGAAGAACAAGAGGGCCGGUUUCGAGUCUUCGCAUAUCAAAAAUCAGUUGGCGCUCAAGGCCAAGUUCAAGAGGGAGAAGGUCGAACAGGUUGAGAAGGCGUCGAAGGACAAGGUCAACGCGGCGAAGACGACUACGGCUAGUGGCGAUAGCAAACCUCGCGCUUCGGAGACCAAGAAGGCUGACUCCAAGGCGUCGGCGACGAAGAAGGCGGAGGGAACGGCCAAGUCCAAGUCGGGAUCGGCGACGACCAAAGCUGGUGCGGCUGGUGCGGCUGCGGAAGCGACGACGACGGCACCCGCGGCGGCGGCGGCGGCACCAGCGACGACUACUACGCCUGCUGCUGCGGAUGCCGCCGCGGCUUCGGUCACGACUACGAGCGCCGAUUUGAGCACUUCGACAGCGGCGGCGGCGGCGGCGGCGGCAACGACGCCGACAGAUGCCAAGUCCUCUGCUGGUCGGGGGGCCUCGCUUAUGAGCGUUGGGUCGAUGACCGGUCUCGUAGCCGUCGUUUUGACAAUCCUCGCCUAG